UCACCUUCCACUCCAUCCUCCCCUUCUAUCUAUUACCAACAAGCCUCCCCCCCGCCUCCCCCUGCAUCGACUGAAUACUUUCCCAGCUGCCUUUACCUCAGCCCCAGCCCCAUCCUCCUAUAUAUCUCUCAGCCCCUUUCGACUCACACAUUCCUGACGAAGGGUUUAUGACGGAAACAUUGAUUCUCCUGCUCCUUGGAUAUAUCCUGAGCUGCUGUGCUUUUCUUGUGCCACACAUCUCAGCAUAAAACACAUUUCUCAAUCAACUCACUGGAGCUGAAUACAGCAAAGAAAGAAGUUCAACAUAUUUUACAUGAUGAGCGCCACACAGAAGGAUGCGUUGAAAGUGAGUCUCAAUCAGCUUCAAUGUCACUUUACGUGGACUCCGCAGAAAGAAAACAUUGACCUGGAUGAUAUGAAACAAAGAUUAGAAGAUACAAUACAGACAAAUGUGAAAUAUCAAGCCAGGUGCUACAACCACCUCGCUUUUAUAAACUGUCUACAAGGAAACUAUGAAGAGGCAAUUCAGAAUUUAAAGGAAGCUGAAAGGAUUCUGAAGGAGAGUCAUGGUGAUGAUUUUGAUAAGAGAAUCUUGGUCACCUAUGGAAACUAUGCCUGGGUUUAUUAUCACAUGGACCGACUGGAGGAGGCUCAGUCCUACCUCAACAAGCUGGAGACAGUCUGUAAACUAUUUCCUGAAGCCUCUCGGUUUGCAGCAAUGAUACCUGAGGUUUACGGGGAGAAGGGUUUGUCACUGCUGAAAUCUGCUGGCCAAUAUUAUGAAGAGGCAAAGGAAUGUUUUAAAAAGGCUUUAGAGAAGGAUCCUGAGAACAUUGAGUGGAAUGUUGGCUAUGCCACUGUUCUGUAUCGUCUGGAAGCGUUUUCUGGAACCCCUGAGAGUCAUGAACCCACUGAAUCAAUGAAACAGUUUAGACAUGUGCUAGAGCUGGAUCCUGAUCAUGCUGAAGCCAUGGUGCUGUUAGCUUUAAAACUACAAGAGUUAAGUCAAGAGGGGGAAGCAUCCACAUUAGUUGAACGAGCGUUGCAGAAGUCUCCUGAUCUCCCACAUGUGCUUCGAUAUGCAGCAAAGUUUUACAGAAUCAAAGGAGAUGUUGAAAGAGCUUUGAAAGUGUUGAAGACAGCAAUGGAAAUUACCCCCAGCUCUACUUUCUUACACCAUCAAAUCGGUCUGUGUUACAGAAAGAAACUAAUGUCAUUGCUCAAAAAUCCACUCAGCAAGAACCCUAGCAAUCCUGCUUUUCAACAGAAAGUUGAACUGAUCAAACUUUGCAAGUCUCAUUUUAAAAAUGCUUUCAAGCCUCGGCCACUAACCUUUAUUAGGGCACAACUGGAUUUUGCAGGAAUAUGUUCACUAAAUGAAGAGUUUCCUGAAGCAGAGAAGAUCUACACCAAUCUCCUGAAACUGAAAGAUAUCCGUCCAGAGAAUAGGCAAGCAAUAUGUUUACAAGCUGGAUUAUUUCAACUAUUCCAGAAAAGAGCAGAAUCAAAAGCCAUCACCCUUUUUCUGGAAGGAAUGAAAGUCAAUUACAAUUCCAUAGAAAGAAUCAAAUGCCGUGAAAAUUUGGAGAAGACCACAACACGACGUCUUCGCAGGAAUCCACGAGAUAGCGAGGCCCUUGGUGCUCUUGGCUUCCUGCAUCAACUGGAUGGGAAGAAGCGCAAAGCUGUGGAAUACUUUGAAAAGGCCCUGCAAUUUGAUCAAGGCAAUGAAGAAUAUCUCAGUGCCCUUUGUGAAUUACGUCUUUCUAUCUAGCUCAGUAAUGAACUUGCCAGCUAAAGUUCAGCUGGAAGAUGAAUUAAUACUCUCUAAUCUAUAAUCAGCUUUUACCUAGUAUCCACUUCACAUACAUUUUGCUUAGAUAUUGUUCAAUUGAGCAUAUUAUUCAUGCGUAUAAUUUUCAGAUGGCUAAUUGUAUUUUAGUUAUUCUAAACAUCUGCUUUAUUCAGGAAUUUUGUCCUCACUGGUGAACUAACUAUUAUUUUCUGUCAGCUAAGAGUUAUUGCUCUGUGUGGAAAGAAACAAAAUCAUUUGAGUUUUUUGGGAUUCAUAUUAACUGAUUCAAACUCUUUUAAAUCCAAUUAUAAACAGUACGUGUGACUGAUUUUAUCUCCAGUUUGGUUUUGGUGUGUGGUGAAGGAGUUUCAAAACUGACCCUUUGCUGCUAAUUAGAAAUCAGAAGAAUUGCAGAUGCUGUCAAUCAGAAACAAAAACAGAAAUUGCUGGAAAAGCUCAGUAGGUCUGGCAGCAUCCGUGUAGAGAAAUCAGAGUUAACGUUUCGGGUCGAGAGAUCAUUCCUCAGACCUACUGAGCUUGGGCUACCUGGCUUCUAUAAAUCAACAGCUACUCAAUACAUUGAGAUGGAAAGACCUCAGACAGGAGCCUUUUUCCCACAAAUUGGGAAAUUCCUGGUUAUAUUUGUUCCAUGUUUGAAUUUCAAUGAAGGCAUCUAAGAGUUGUUAGAUGUCACUGAGGUAAUACUUUGGAAACACAAGUUAGCAGGUCUGGCAGCAUCUGUGGUGAGAAAUCAGAGUCAAAGUUUCAGGUCAAGUGACCCUUCCUCAGACAUGCUGAGCUUUUCCAGCAAGUUCUGUUUUUGCCUCUGUGCUAAUAUCUGUCUCUGCGUAUUUUACAUUCCCAACUGCAUUCAUGUGCUGGCUGUCAGUGUUCAGGUGAGUGUUUCGAAAGAGAUUCUGGGAGCAACGCAUUGGGAUGAAAAAAAGAAUGUGGUGGAAAAGGACAUUGUAGGGAAGCUCCAAGUUAUCAUUUUAGGCCCUGGUCGGGGAUUCAUGCCCCAAAAAACAUAAACCUUCCCCUUUGUUUCUUUUCUGACCUGUUUCAGUCAGGGCCAAAAGAUGCAGCAUUGCCCCCUGCUCCAGACUGAGUUACCAUCACAAUCAGGGCUCGUGAAUAUCACCGAACCCCAGGCCCUGGUUGUUAUUGAGGAUCCCACACAGCUUCACCCCAUUUACACCAAGUGGCUCGGUCUAAUUUUCCCCUCAUUGAGCUCUAGUGUCAUCUGGAUCACAGCAAAUUAAACUGCUAUCCAAAUACAAAUGAAAAUAUGUGCUUUAUCAUGUUGCUGAACACUAUUAUAGGAACAGUACACUUUAGGUGAAAGCACCAUUGGUCUCAGUGAUAGUUUGAGCAUGUCACUGCUCCUCUUUCGAUGGUGAUGAUGGUGUGUUCACAAUAUCCAAUCCAGCCUCUAGAGACUGGAAUAAAACCCCUCUUCACUUGCUGCCUUUUCACGGAAGGGAUCCCAUUGGGUGAAAGGGUUCCCAAAUGUGACAGUUGGGAGAGGGCCAAUAAUCACUGCAGACCCUUCAAAUGAACCAACAGCUUAAUUCUGUGUCCCUGAGGAUUUGCUGAGAGGUGAUGGGACAUCCCCUCCAGAGCAUUCACUCAGAUCUGAGCCCCUUUCACUCGGAGUCUCCCUGUCCUGGACAUUGUCAGCUUCACCAAGCCUUCAGCAAACCAUCUGAGGCCCUGAUUGGCCAACACAGAGCAGCUGGGACAUUCCCCGAGGAAAGGCCAUUUACUGCAGACUGUCACAGUCUGGGAGAAGGAAAAAGCAGGAACGGGGAUGGGGAAGGCUAGAAGAUAGAAAAAUGGGUUUAAAAGAAUAUAAUACUACUGAUGUAGAAACUAAUCUCAGGUUUUAAUACCGAUUGUAUAACCAGAAAUUAAAUGUUAAUCAAUAAAAUGAAAUUGUGGCUAAAAUUAUCUUUCUGAAUGAGGACAGUUUGCACAGUGUGCAAUAUGGUACAUGUAAAAUUAUAAUAUCAUUUCUGACAUUCUGCAACAUUUUAUCUUUACUUGUUAUGAGUUAAUGAUCAAUAUUUUGUGCAUUUUUAUCUUGGUCUACAUGGUAUUUUAAUCAUAAACUAAAAAGAUUAUCUUAGGAACACUGUAGAUAAAGCUCUAACUGGCUGUGGGGAAGAUUCAAUUAAGGUGAAAUUUUAAAAAUUGUAAAGAAAUAGGAGAACAGAGGUUCAGGACAGUGAAGAGAUGAAUGAUAAUUAGUGUGACAAGAAGUGGUCGAAAAUAUCUGCAGAUGUGCGUGGAAGAAAUUAGAACCAGAUUAUGAAAUGAUGGUUAAAAUGUCUAAGUUUAAUUAUUAUUAUCUGAAUGCACAUCACAGCUUUAACAAGAUGGGUGAAUUGACAGCUCAAAUAUAAAUAAGUAAAUAUGAAUUGGUAGUGUUAUAGAUCAAACCAAACCCCCUCAAGAUAUAUGAAGAAGAGAACCUAGACCCCUAACUUUUUUUUAUUUUAAAGGCAAUUGUGAGGUGUCGUGUUUCAGAUGCAACUUGAUUGGUCAAACUACUAGACUUGAAGCAAAAUACACUUUAUUCUUACAGUAUUGCUACGAAUCAGACCAAACCCCUUCAAAUAUAUAUUCAGAAGAUAGUCUAGAUUCUGACAUUUUCUUAUUUUAAAGGUUUUGCAUUCAAGGUGGAAUUCAAUUGGUCAAACUACCAGAUUUAAAGUGAAACACACUUUAUUCAUCUACUAAAACUAAAAUACAACCACAGAAAGAAGGAAUUGGAAUAACGUAACUCUAUUGGAAACUUUAACACACCAAUAGAUACAGCUACUAUUAUUAAUUAAUUGUUUCAAUAUAGUAACAUCCCAUAAACAAAUCCUUGGUAAAAGAUGAAUUCAGACAACAAAUUGUCUCACAGGCAACUUCCGUAACAAACAGAGAAUCCACAAUUUUUGGCUAUAACCAAGAGAAUAGCUUCCACUUCUUAAAGACUCCAAUAGCAACUCCUGAAAGCUCAACCUAAAACCCUUGGUUUUGUGGGAACCUGACCACACCCAUUCGAGCUGCUUCUAUUGUUCCAACUUUAAAACAAAACACCCAAGGCCUCACAAGCUGUUUGUUUUCUUAUAGGCUGCUUAGAACCUCUCGUUCAAUCUCUUUUUAACAAACAAAAAAAAUCAAAAUAACCUCCUAAAGUCAUACUAUUAUUUUACUAUAGUUAAAAUACAAACAAGGAAAGAAGAAUUGGGAUAACUGUUAGGGCUGCCCGUAGGUGAUACAAAAUGGCUGGUGGUUGCCCAUGGCUACAGCAGUUAGAGCAUGUGGGAAAAUCCUUGCUUAAUAUAAUCUCUGCAAGCAGAACAAUAGCAGGUCUGUAUAAUCAAGAUUGCUUAAAUGAGUUAGAAUGAGCAGCAGCAAUUGCUUACAUGGAUAAGAACAUUUCACAUUAAUUAGUUGUUUCUCUUGGAUUAUUUAAUCAAUAUGUUACAACAUAAAGAGUAAGUUUUAGUUAAGAUUCCAAAGUAGGCACAUAUCAACUUAUACAUUCAAAUAAGAUCACUAAAAAUGUUAUAGGAAAAGAAUCAAACCAGAUUCAGAAAGCAAAAAUGCCCUCACCCCCUCAUCAUUACAGGGAGGAAUGGCAGAAACGUUGGACUAUGAGUGCAUUGAGGUACAAUUUGUUAGCUAAGGAAUUCUAACAUUAGGUCUACCACAUAACUUUGUUGGAACUGAUCAAAAAUUAAUAUUCUUUAAUUGAGUAUGUAAGUUAGCUCACUGAGCUUGAAGGUUUGUUUUCAUAUGUUUCGUCACUAUACUAAAAGGAAUUGGCAGAUUGUGUUUAUUGGGUUCCCGAUUUUCUUGAAAACGUUGUAUACAUAUCUUUCUUCUGCUUUUUGUAGUCCUUGGGGGCUACAGUGUGAUGUAGCUUGUUGAAAUAAUGUCUUGCUUCAACUCCAAUUGUGGGUGUUGGGAUGAUUGCUUCUGAAGUUAAGUAUUUUGUCCGUGUGUGUUGUUUUUCUGUAGACGCUGGUUUGAAGCUCUCCGUUAACUGCAUGUUCAACUGUCACAUCUAGGAAUGGGAGUCUGUUGCCAUUCUCCUCCUCUUUUAUGAAUUUUAUGCCUGUCAGGAUGUUGUUGAUAGUGUUGCAUGUUUCCUCUAAUUUGUUCUGUUUUGCAAUGAUAAAGGUGUCAUCUACAUAUCUUCCUUCCUAUCUAUCUUCCCUUGAAAAAAUGAACUGGAAAUGACAUCACCCACCUUAAGAAACCAAGACCUAUAAAUAGAGAGGCGGGAUAUACCACCAGCUCUUCACCCGAGACUCUCAUUGAUGAUGUUACCUAGUCAUAGUGAUGAAAUGUCUGAAAACAAACCUUGCAGCUCAGCGAGCUAGCUUACGUACUUAUCGUCAACCUGAGCUACAAAUCUUCUCAAAAAUCACUACUAUUCUUUUGUAUUCCCUGUAAUGAGAAAUUUAAAAGUUCCUGAUCUAGCUAGUUAGCAAUCAACACGGUGUAGCUGCUUAAUGUUAUCCACUGUGAAAAGCAUCAAGUGGAAAGAUAAAAUCUGGGAAAAGAUCAUGAAGGACAGGGACUGGGCCACAAGCCUGCCCAUCUCAGUGAUUAACAAGUUUGCACUAUGAAAGAUGCUGUACCAGACAGCCAAUCACAGUGGGAUAACUCUGCACUACUGACCAACAGUAUCAAAGGUGGGGUGUGCUUUAGGUUUUGACUGUGUACAAGUUCUUGUGUGCCUUUUUGCUGUGUGUAACUGAUGUGAAACUGCAAUACAGGUUCUCUGAAUCUA